UCAUGGCCGCCAUCAUGGGCAAGCCUGGUUCCAGCUCGGCGAUGGCUGCUGCCUUGCUCGUGACAGUCUUGAUAUCUAUGUCGUCAAAGCUUGUGAUGGGUGAAUGCAACUUCAGGGGCAGCAGAGGUCCAGUGACGUUUUCCGACGGUGAUAUUUGCUUUGAUUGACCUAUCUUCCACAACGUGGACGGUGUGGAGAAAACGACAAGUUUCCUUAACUCUGGGCUGUGCGCCUAUGGUCCUUGCUCGGGUGGAAAUUGGAAUAAUGACCGGUGCGGUCAAAACUUCUACACCUCAGGAAGCCAUGUCUGCAGAAGAAACCGGCACGAGCCGGUUUACGGUCAGUGCGUCAGAAUCGAAAUCACUCAGGCUACAUACACCGACAACACCAAUUGGAAGGGGAUGGACUGUAUCAUCAUCAACACAAGCCCAUGAACAUGAUGAGGAUCAGAUAGGAGAGAUCAGGGAGUUUCUUCCAAGUCUCACAAGUCACGUCGCUGAAGUCUCAUAAGUCACUUUGGCUUGUCACGCAAGCAAGGUUUUUUUUUUAGCGCAAGAUCUCUUCCUUGAAUUAAGUGAGAGGCGCGGAGAAGAUUAUGACCGGGACAAUAGUCAUCCAUCCACCAGUCAUUCAGUGCAUACCAGGAGAAGGGGAGGAGAGGGAGAUCCUCCUCUUCUUUUAAUGCUUUCGUCCUUCGCUUGCUCUGCUUGUGCUUUGUCCGCUCGUAGAACAGCGUGCAUGGCAUGCAGAUGGUGGGAAGACGUUAAUGGAAUCGGUAUGGAGGAGAAGAAGAUAGAACGGGGAGGAGGGGGAGGCAAUUGUAAGGAGGAGGGAGAGUAGGAAUGCAGGAAGACAGGGAGGAGGAGGAGGAGGAGGAGGAAGGGAGCAAGACGGUGGUAUGGGACAGACAAGCGCCUCCUCUCCUUCUCCUCGUCGUCCUCUCCCCCUGCCCUUUUGCAGUAGAUUGAUGUCCCCUGGGAUGCAGUCAUCUCUCUUUUUGUUUUUUUUAUUCUUCACUGAAACCCAUCGUAGUCAGGUAAAAAUAAAAAUAAGAAGGGAAAACUGACCGCGUGUCACAUUCUUAGCUUGGCCAGGGCGGAGUCCAGACUCGGCAAAAAAGGCAAAAACAGGGUCAAUUUUUUAUUGCCGUUUGUCUCUUUCAGGCCCUCUGCACACCACGGCCACCUUAUUACAAACUGCCGCGUGAAGUUGGCAGUCUUUUUUACUACGGCCGUUGAGGGACCUGUCGGAACUUGUUGUUGUUUUUUUUCCCUAUUCCGGCUUCGUCGUAGGGGGGCUUGAACUCGUAAGGGCACACUACAAGAUUCUUGACUGCUGAAUUUGGUCACCAAUUUCUGGUCAGAUACGUCCUGGGUCAACAUUGCCGUUCCUGCCAAUUGCUCUUCAAGUCUAAUUAAUAUAGACUAUUCAUAGCUAUCAUGUGAAGGGUUGAGGGAGUAUCAAGCGGAUUCAAGCCUAUUCGCUACAACCGGCAUUCUUGUAUCGCCUUAACUGAUGGCGUUCGUGAGAAUUGGACUUCGACUCAGUUCCGACGUC